AUGUCGGACCGGAAUAACAAGCCUUUCGAACUUACAAGCAACACUCCUCGAUCGAGCAAGACGACGAUCAAUAUCGCUGGCUUCCAUGUAUACCUGUACGGAGUCGACAGCCUGACGCCCGAGCAAGCUCACGACACAAUUGUCCUGUUUCAUAUCCAUGGCCGCACCAGAACGUACACAGACGCAGAAGCGAUCGCGCACGAGCUGCUGUUCAGAUUCCGAAAGCGAGGUGGAACUCGAAAAGGCCUGGUCGUUGCAACUUUUGACAAUCGAAACCAUGGAAUGAGAGCGGCAUGUCUUCACAAAUCACUUCGUGUCUCAUUUCUGGCAACUGAUAAAGUGUUUUCUAGAUCGAUAACAUGGCGGUGCAAGACUGGAAAGGGGGAAAUCCCAGACAUGCGUAUGACCGCCCUGUGGGAUCUAAGUCAACUGCGCACUUCAGACGGCAUUGUCCUUGACAUUCAGAUUGUUCAGAAGCACCUUGCGACUUAUGUCGACGGUGCGUUCCUCCCGACAGAGUUCAUCGCCACCGGCCUGUCACUGGGAGGCCAUGCCACCUGGAACAUCCUUGCAGAAGAACCCCGCAUUACGAAAGCCAUUAUCAUCGUCGGAUCACCGAACUUGACUGACCUACUCCUCGAGCGACUGAGAGGAUAUACCUCCACCGCUGAUGUUCCAGACGGCACGAGAGAAUGGCCACGGUCGAUUGCGAAGCUCUACCAGGACAGAGACGAGGCAAUUUUGAAGAUCUCGGGGAAAUCAAUCUUAAUCUUGAAUGGUCUCACUGAUACCUUGGUUCCGAGCAGGUUCACCCGUCCUUGGGUAGAAAAGUACGCCGCCAGCAAUCAGGUUGAAUUCAUCGAGCAGAAAGAAAACGGCCACUGGCUGUCGUACGAAAUGAUGGACAGGAUCGUCGAUUGGCUACUGCCGGUUCUAAGCUAG